AUUCAUUACUUUUCAGACUUUCACAUUCUUGAACUCAAAAUGUGAGGCUGCACAUCUUAUGAGGAGGAAUCCUCGUAAAGUCACCUGGACUGUUCUGUACAGGCGCAAGUUCAAGAAAGGUCAAGAAGAAGAACAGACCAAGAAGCGCACUAGAAGGACACAAAAGUUCCAGAGGGCUAUUGUCGGUGCAUCUCUUAGCGAUAUCAUGGCCAAGAGAAACAUGAAACCUGAAGUCAGGAAAGCCCAAAGAGAACAAGCUAUUAAGGCUGCUAAGGAACAGAAGAAAUCUACAAAAGCAGCAAAGAAAUCCACAGCUCCAGCACCUAAAGCCAAGGCUGCCCCUAAAGCCAAAGCUGCCAAAGUGAGUCAAAAGGCAGCACCACGUGUUGGAGGAAAACGAUAAAACCUUUGUUAAAUAAACAAUAAGUAAUAAAAAAGCCUUGUUUUUUUACUAAAUAAUAUUAUUUUUGUAAUAUUUUUAUAGAGCAAGAACCCAUGAAUGCUAGACCUUCGUCGUUUUAUAAAAUCUGCAAGUUUCUGAACGCAUGAUCACAAAUUACCUUCUCUGGCAGAAGAUGGCUCUGGCAUUAGGUAGUAAAGUUGCAUAAAAUACUAAUAAUAUGUCCAUAAAAUUAUACAUAUGUAUCUAUAACAUACACAUGGUUGCAUUGAGCUGUUGUCAAUUUUGUCAUAAAGUUAAUAAAAUAAUGGAUUUUUAAUAUAGACAUAAUUUUCACCAGUUUAGCGCCCCUGAAAGCAAGAGAGGAGUCAAUCAUGAAAGGCGCACGAUUGACAGUAAUAGAUCGAAAUAGAACCUUCUACUACUAGAGAGACCAAUAAUUUGUUUCUAUUUAGGUUAGCACUCAAUAUCUGAAAGUAGUGACUUUCAAUACCCAGCUAAAGUAAAAUUAUUGACAAGCGAUUAAAUUUGAGUUUUUUUUU